AUGAGCAGACCCCCUAUUACCUGUCACGUGCUCGAUUCUUCGACUGGUCGGCCAGCGGCCGGUGUCACGGUCGUGCUUGAGGAGUAUCAGGGCAACCCGAAUGGCUCGGCUACAUUUUCUCCUCUCUAUACCGGGAAGACAAACUCGGACGGGCGUUGCACCGAUCUCAUGCCGGGACGCGAUGAGCUCACGAAACUCGGCAAAUCGCUGAGGGCGAAAACACCAUACAAGAUGACGUUCAAGACGGCGGAGUAUUUCGAAUCGCGGGAUGUGCAAUCGUUCUACCCCUGGGUCGAGAUCGUGUUCGCGAUGCAAGAUACAGAUGAACACUACCAUAUACCGUUGCUGAUCAGUCCGUUCGGGUAUACCACGUAUCGCGGUAGCUGA